GCAGUCGUCGUCAUGCAUCGGGAUUUGGUAGUACAUUUCAGUCUUCCAGCGGGCGCCGGCAAGAGGAAAGAUCAAAGAUCUGUCUCUCUUUCCAUUAAACAAUUUAAUUCCCUCAUUUCUUCGGUUCAGUUAAAGGGUACAAGUGAAAGGCACAUCAUCGAUCCUCUUCCUUUUCUUCAUCACCGGGUAAUGCAGAAAGCAAAGCCACAGGCUUCUCUCCUUUUCAGUCGGUCCGUCGGUCGUCCCCAUUUGAUUUCCUUCACCAGUUCUCUGAGACGAAGCUCUCUGAAACCUGCCCAAAGAAGAUAUAUAGAACAAAAUACAACUCCAUGAAACGUUUCAGCAGCCCAGAAACUUUGGCUGCUUUGGUAUACCCACCUCAAGAGAAGGAGAAUCCGAAGAAGAACUUCCUUUGCAGCGCGGACUUUCAGCAAAUGUUGGACAGCUUAGACGAGGAGGAAAGCGCGGAGGAAUGCGGCGGACAAGGAGCCGAGAAGAAGAGGAGAUUGAGCUUCGACCAGGUGAAAGCAUUGGAGAAGGUUUUCGAGGUUGACAACAAGCUGGAGCCGGAGCAAAAGGCGAAAAUCGCCCAAGAGCUAGGCCUCCAGCCGAAGCAAGUCGCCAUUUGGUUUCAGAACCGGCGAGCGCGUUGGAAGACGAAGCAACUGGAGAGAGACUAUGUCGUUCUUAAGGCCAAUUAUGAAGCUCUCAAGCUUAACUAUCACAGGCUUGAGAAAGAUAGAGAGGCUUGUGUUGCAGAGCUAAAAGAGCUAAGAGCCAAGCUUGGAGACGAAAACACAGACAGCAGCAACCAAUCAUUCAAAGAAGAAGCUCUAAUCAUGGAGGCAGAACGCUAUAACGUUUCAGAACAUAGCAAGCUCUCUCUCAGUGCCAACAAUGGGAGCUUAGUCCUCAACAAAGCUUCUUAUGUGGGUCUCAGUGAGAGUGAUCACCAUCGUCAUCAAAAUGCUCAGCCAGCUGCUUCAUCUUCCCUAACACACGAGAGUUCUUCCAUGUAUCCGCCAUGGAUGAGUUGCUAUCAGUUCUUGGAUUCAAGAGCGGUUUCAGUUGAAUCAGUUCCUCGGCAAUUUAUGAAGAUGGAAGAACAGAGUUUGUUCGGUGCAGAGGACUGUCCCUUCACUGCUGGCGCCAUUGAAGCUCAUUGGUUCCACGACAACUAUGUCAACCCGCAAGAAAAUAAGGGGACUAUGGAUAGUGCUAAUUGUGGAUCUGAAUUGCUGGGCUCUGGUGUUGAAGAAAUUGUAGAUGUUCGAGUUGACAGAUUGGAUGAUUACAUCACACUCUGAUGAAACCAACGUCGAUGGAAAGGGCUUGGAAAGUAAUGCUGGGAAUAGUUCUCUAGAUGCAUUGUAUUAUUUUAUUUUGCUAUUUUUUUGAGGCAUAUUUUCGACUUUUUAUAUAUGUCAGAUAUUCGUAUUUGUCGUG